GUGAGCAGACUCCACACCCAUCAUUGGUAUCCAUCACUCACAGACAUGUCUGAUACGUGACAUCGUGUAUAACACCUGUACUUGUUAAUUAUAGACACGUAACAGGUGGGUGUAGCGGUGGACAGGCCUCCCCCCCCCCAGAGACAGUGUUGUGUAUAGUGUGAGUGAGGACAGCCAGGAGAAGAGACAGAGUGGACAGCGUCCUGGACAGGGACACCCUAGCUGUCACUCUUCUACACUCGCAGACAUGAUGAGCGCCUUCCCGUACCCCGGCAUGUUGGGCGUGCAGCAUCUGAUGGGCGGCGGAGACCUACGUCCUGGCGGCCAGCUGGGCCCUGCCCGCCGCCCAGAACAUGACCCUACAACCCCGGCAGCCUACUACCACCACGUCCAGGCCAGGGACGACCACACCGCCGCCCGCGAGUCCAUGCAACUGCUGCGGAACGACCUCCUGGGACUCAACCGGGUUCAAAUAUCUGGUGCCCAGGAGGAGGGCAGUGCUCAGCGGGGGAUGCCCCCCCUCCAGCCGCUAGAGCACUCCAUGGCGGGUAACAUCGAGAACCAGGACCCGGCUAGCGGGAGGGGCUCACCCGCCGUGAAGGAAGAACGUGAACAGAGGGAUGAGACCGGCGGCUCGUGUAGCAGUGAUGAAGCCACACGUGGACCGUCCGGUCCGCCGGGUUCGUUAGCGUCCGGAACCAAGAAGAUCCGACAACAGAAGCACGUGAGACUCUCUAUUAAUGCUCGGGAGCGACGACGGAUGCACGACCUAAACGACGCUCUGGACGAGCUGCGUUCUGUGAUUCCCUACGCGCACUCUCCCUCCGUCAGGAAGCUCUCUAAGAUUGCUACUCUCUUACUUGCUAAGAAUUUCAUCCUGAUGCAGUCUAAUGCCAUAGAAGAGUUGCGACGAGUGGUCACCUACCUUAACCAACCAGGGGCCCACCUACCGCACCUGCCACCUUCAGUAGGCUUCGACACGGGCACCAGCUUGGGCACGGAGGGUAUCUUACCUGCGGGCUUCCCCCGCUUACCUCCACACGCCCACAACCCCAGCCCGCCACGCAGUAGUAAACUACAACAGCCGCUCUUUACAGACCCCUCGCCUCCCUACAAGUCCCAGUCAUAACUAUGGUUGUGUAGCAGGAGACGGUGAAGGCUUGGCAGAGCUGCCCUCUGCAGAGGGCAGGCACGGCAGAGGCAAGCACGGCAGGGAGCAGGCAUGCCCACGCACACAGGGUGAGGGAUUAGUGACGCACAACACAGCACUCUCACAAGUUCGACAGGUCGUGCGUCCGCCGCCUCUUCCGCGUGUUGACAGGUAGCCACUUAAGAAAUUCUCGUAGAAUAUAUAUUUUAUUGAGUACUUUAAGCCUUACCACCAUUAUGACAUUCAUGGGGAAGCACUAAUCACCUAGGGGGUCAUACAACGCUAUGGGAAUGGGAGGUAAUCAAAUGUUCCAAAGAGGUUUAAUUGGUUGGAUAAAGCGCGCCUUUACAUGCUCCAAGGUAACCCUUUUCCAUUAGUGUUCCACGUCUUCCCUUCCACCUGUUUCUUACCUCUCCCUCUUCCGCACUUUCCCUCCUCUCGCAAAUUGAUUGUUGAUUCCUCCUCUACCUUUCUUCACACGUCAUUUGUUAUUUUU